AUGGACUUGGAUAAAGAAAAUGACAGGGCGACUUCCAUUAAAAAAGUUGAAAGAAGAGUUAACGUGAGCCUAGCUACUAAGACAAAUGUUAUACAACGAUUGAAGAGUGGUGAAAAUGUUAAUGAUCUAUGUCGUGAGUGUGGAGUACAUCCUUCAACUGCCAGAAAGUGGAUAAAAAAAGAAAAAAUUAUUCAGGAUUUCUGUGAUGGAAAUUCACAAUUGAAUCGUAAAAGGCUGCGCGAUCCACACAAUCCUCAACUGAAUGAAGCGAUAAAAAUAUGGUUUGAUCAUUGCCGUGAGCAAGGGAUUCCCAUCAGCGGUCGUUUCGUUCAAGGGACAGCGAAGGCACUGAAUAUAAAAAUGGGAGGAAAUGAAAAGUUCAGUGCGAGUGAUGGUUGGUUAACUCGCUGGAAGAAUCGUUAUAAGAUUACGUCGUUCACAAUUUCGGGAGAGAAAUUAUCUGCAGAUGCACCAGCUGCUGAACGAUUCAAAGGUAUAUUUGAGAAAUUCAUCACAGAAGAAAAAUUAGCUCCUUGCCAGAUUUUCAAUGCUGAUGAGACGGGGUUGAAUUUUAAAAUGUUGCCAAAGAAAACUCUGGGAGCUCGUCAGGACCAUGGAGCAAGUGGCCACAAGAUGAAUAAGGAUCGUUUGACGAUUAUGCCCUGCACUAAUUACGAUGGAUCAUUGAAAUUGCCUCUUUUAGUCAUUGGGAAGUCAGCUAAACCUCGAGCAUUAAAAAACGUAUCUUACGAUACUUUAGGUAUAACUUACAGACAUCAAGCAAAAGCUUGGAUGAAUUGCUCAAUUUUUGAAGAUUGGUUGAAAACAAUUUUCGCUCCACGUGUUAAGGAAUUCUUAUUGAAGAGAGGUUUAUUACCCAAAGCUGUUUUACUGCUUGAUAAUGCUGGCUCUCAUUCCAAGGAUCUUAAUGAAGAUGGAAUUCGAGUGAUUUUCUUACCUCCAAACGUAACGUCACUCAUUCAACCACUGGAUCAAGGGAUUAUUGAGAAUUUGAAAAAGAAUUAUCGAUUUCACUUCUUACUGUCAUUGAUAACUGAACAAGAAAAGGGAAAAUCACUCGUGGAAAGUUUGAAGGAAAUAACAAUUAAAAAUGUUAUUGAUUGGAUUGCUAAGAGUUGGGAUGAUAUCAGUUCAUCAACAAUCCAUAAGUGCUGGAAACCCUUAAUUGCCGAGACAUUUGGGAAUCAACUCCAAGUACACGUGGAGGAACAGCAGAUACAAAUGUGUGAAUUUUUAAGCAUGUUCAUACGUCUGCAAAAUGCUGGCACAAUAAAUGAGGAUGAGGUGAGAGACUGGGUGGAGACAGCGGAUAAGGGUGAUGAGUCCCACGAGCUUCCGGAUGAUGAAAUUAUAAGUCGAGUUCAACCAGCGAUUGAUGAUGUUGUGAUGAACGUGGAGAAGGAUGGAGAUGAUUCCAAAAUAUGUGAGGAUGGUCAACCUGGAGAAGAAAACACCCUAGAGUCUGAUAACUGUGAUCAGCCGACUAAUAAUGAGGAACUCUCGGGUUUAAUUAUGGGCCCGGAUGCUGCGAUUGAGGCUGUGGAUUCCUUGUUGGACUUUUUCGAGUCGCACGGUUCAUUAACGCCUGAAGAAAUGACGGUUUUAUGGAAUGUGAGGUACAAAGCUGCUGUAAUUAAAUAUAAUUCUUGA